CGUUAGGUACUGAACUGUCGAUCGUUUUGUCCAUUUGAGUUAUAAAACUUCUGUAUUAAGGAAAUAUAUCUAUGUCAGAUGAUAGCUCUACGUGUUAAAAAAAUAAAAAUUUAGAGAUAUUUUCCCGUUUUUUUGUGAAUAAAACAACCAAAAAAUCUUUGAUCAUAUAGAGGAAUCUCUGUAAUAUAACUCUUAUUAAAAGCAUGUUAUCGAACUUAUCUAAAAUUUUUACAAUAAUCGGAAAGUCAAUAAAUGAUAAAGCAUUGAUGAAAGAAUACAAAACUGAUUAUAAAUGGGAAAUCGUUUGGAAAAAUGUUGUUAUUUUUACCUAUAUUCAUUUUGCUGCCAUUUACGGAUUGUACAUAGCGUGCUUGCAUGCUAAAUAUUGGUCAAUUCUAUGGUUUGUUGCUCUUGUUAUCGCUGCGCUAAUAGGCAUUGGCGCUGGUGUUCAUAGAUUAUGGUCCCAUCGAUCUUACAAAGCAAAGUGGCCCAUGAGACUUAUUCUCAUGAUUUUUCAGACCAUUGCUUUUCAAGAUGAUAUUUACCAAUGGGCCAGGGACCACCGCGUGCACCAUAAAUUCACCGAUACCGACGCGGAUCCGUAUAAUGCGCUCAGAGGAUUUUUCUUCUCGCAUAUCGGUUGGCUUUUAACUCGCAAGCAUCCUGAUGUCGUUAUUAAAGGCGCCACGAUCGAUUGCAGUGAUCUCAUGCAAGAUCCAAUUGUGGUAUUUCAAAAAAAGUGGUAUAGGUAUUUAAUGCCGCUCUGCGCUUUUAUUAUACCAACGUUAGUGCCUUGGUGGGCAUGGAAUGAGAGUUUAUGGUAUUCAUGGCAUUUGGCAGUUUGUAGAUAUUGCAUAAAUCUAAAUAUCACUUGGUCGGUGAAUUCCGUGGCUCACAUAUGGGGUACGAAACCAUACGAUCAAUCAGUCACCGCUACUGAAAAUAUUGGGGUUGCUUUGUUAGCGUGUGGUGAAGGCUGGCAUAACUAUCAUCAUGCCUUUCCCUGGGACUAUAAAACGGCGGAAUUUGGAAAUUAUAAAUUCAAUUUGAACAAAACUUUCAUUGACUUUUUCGCUUACAUCGGUUUGGCUUACGAUUUAAAGACCGUAUCUGCUGAUGUGAUAAAGAAACGUGUUCUUCGAUGUGGCGAACUAACCGACAAUCCAACUAUUACGUAGAAUAAAAUAUAGAACAAAUUAAUUUUUUAUUCAAAACUGAUUCUUUUUUAAACUUGUCUUGUACAGAAAAAUUUACUUUAUAUUUCUGAAAAAAUUAAAUUUUAUUAGGAUGAUAUUUACCAAUGGGCUAGGACCACCGCGUACAUCAUGAGUUCACCGAUACCGACGUGGAUCCGUAUAAU